GCAGGAGCCAGAGCCCCCCCCACACAUUAAAGAGGAACAGGAGGAACUGUGGAGCAGUCAGGAGGGAGAGCAGCUUCAAGGGCUGGAGGAGGCUGAUAUCACCAAGUUCCCAUUCACUCCUGUCCCUGUGAAGAGUGAAGAUGAUGAAGAGGAAGCUCAGUCCUCACAGCUUCAUCAGAGACAAACUCAACACAUGGAAACAGAAGCUGAUGGAGAGGACUGUGGAGGACCAGAACCAGACAGGAACUCACAUCUACUUUUACAACCAGAGACUGAAGACCAGACUGGAGACUCUUCUGAUCCUGAGACUGAUGACAGUGCUGAUUGGAAGGAGACCAGAGAACCUCAGUCAGCUUUAAACUCUCUGAAACAUGAUUCAACAUGUAAGAAAACAUUCAGCUGCUCUGAGUGUGGGAGAAGAUUUGGCCGCAAGUCAUCUCUAAGGAGACACAUGAGAACUCAUACAGGAGAGAGACCGUUUAGCUGUUUAGUUUGUGCUAAAACCUUUACAAAUAGAGGAAGUAUGACCGAACACAUGGUAAUGCACACAGGAGAGAAAAGAUUCAGCUGCAGUGUUUGCGACCAAAGGUUUGCCUGGCGUUCUGAUGUCAAAAGACAUAAAUGUGUUGGUCGUCAGUCGUCACGGCUUCGUCAGAGUCAAACUGAGGAGAAGAGAGGGAAAGAGAAACAAGUUCAACACCCCCAGGAUCAGCAUCAUCUUAAUUUGAAGUGAAUCUAUGUAACAUUUUUAUGUUUCUGAAACUG